AGUUUGUUGUCCCAAAGGGACGAAAGCCGAAACAAAAUAGUUGUCUUUUUUCCACGAAACAACAAUAUAAUUUUUAAAUCUCUAUGUUGUUAUGAUAAAAAAACUCAAGGGCUUAUAAACUGCCAUUUUAGUUUUGAAAUCAAACUGACACCUUCGGAAAUAAGCCGAUGUUUAUGAGCGUGGUAACGAAACACCACACACCAACAUUCCUGUGAUAUUUUUGUGGCAUGAUAAAAUGGGAUCCCUCUCCUUAUCCUAUCAUCAUCAGCAACUGAUUUCAUAAUCAAUACUCAUUUUCCAAACUCCACUUUUAAUAGAGGAAUGCUAAGACAAUUAAUGGUUGCUGCGACAGAGACGAAAUACAAGUUGCCUUAGAAGAUAAAAAGAAUCGGGGCUAGACAUGGCUGCAACACGAACAAGAAUUAAGAUUAAGAAGCCGGAGGGUGAUGAAGGUGGAUUAGUAGUCACAACUAUCACCGAGCCAAUAGAUCCACCACCAGAUGGCAGUGGCACAGAAAUCAGUUCAACAGAGAUAAGGACGCGAGGACCAGGACGGUCAAGGAAGGAGGGAGAUUCCCCUGUACCAACCAAAGAGAAGAAAAAGCACAAGCACAAAAAACACAAGCGCCACAAACAUGAGAAACAUCAUCAUCGCCAUCACCAAGACCUAGAUGCGCUGCCGAGUACCAGCACAGAUACGAGCAUUGCUGCAGAACCAUCAUCGGCAGAGACGACAAAUCAGGGAAUUGAGGAGGAGAAGAUGGAAGAAGAUGGGGCGGAGGCGGAACCGGCUGGAGAAACAGCAACUGCAACAACUUCAACUGCUGGAGCGGCAGAUGACGACUUUGAUGCAACCUUUGAUGAUUUUCUGAAAAGUUUAUCUGCUCCAUCCCAGAUCUCUGAAACUCAAGCUGCAGCAGAGAAGAUGCUGGCUGAAGCUGAUGAAGAAGCGCUUGGUAUUCUGUGCUCAUUGUGUAACUGCGGAGAGAGAAGUCUCCUUGGCCAGGGUGACAUGACCCAAUAUGAACCGACCCCCAACUUCAACCAUGUGCAGGCAUUCAAGAAACUUGUUGCAGCCAAGGGGACAAGGCGGUCAUCAUCUGAGACAGACAAGGACAUAAAGGAGAAAGAGGGCGAUAUAAGUCCACCAUCGCAGCCAAAGAAGCCAAAAAUUAGAUCGCAGAGGGAGAGGAGCAAAUCCCCACGACGUCAGGCUGGUGCUUUAUCGGGGCGUGCCGGCCAGGAUGACCGCAACAAAUAUAUCCCCGACGAACUAGCUAUGGUCGGUUACCUUGAAGAUACAGAUGUCCUAAAAGUAUUUGACGGGAGUUUUGUCGCGUCUGCCCAUCAUUGUUGUGCUGCCUGGUCUGAGGGCGUCAUUCAGGCUGAGGAUUAUACAUUACAAUAUGUUGAUAAGGCUGUCAUAGCUGGUUUAACUCAGAAAUGUCACUACUGUCAGCGGUAUGGUGCUACAAUAUUCUGUCGUCAUCCAAAGUGCAAUAGAAAAUAUCAUUAUCCAUGUGCUCCAGCCAGUGGAUGUUUUCAGGACAUCAAAACCAUGUCAUUGCUGUGUCCAGAUCAUACCGACCUAGCUGAGGACAUAGCUGGUAUGGAGUCGUUCUGUGUUGUCUGUGACACGCCAGGAGACAUCCUCGAGCAGCUCUUCUGUACUAGUUGUGGUCAGCACUACCAUGGUAACUGCCUGGAUCCGUCCGUGGAGAUGAAUCCUGUUGUCCGGGCAGGAUGGCAGUGUCCUGAAUGUAAGAUAUGCCAGACAUGCAGGCAACCUGGAGAUGAUAACAAAAUGCUUGUCUGUGACACAUGUGAUAAAGGUUACCAUACGUUUUGUUUGCGGCCUGCGAUGACUACAAUACCAAAGAAUGGCUGGAAGUGCAAGAAUUGUCGCGUAUGCGGUGACUGCAGUUCCAAAACGGCCGGAAUCAAACACACUGCAAGGUGGCACCUUAAUUACACAGUAUGUGAAAGCUGCUACCAGCAUCGAAACAAGGGCCAGUCCUGUCCGGUGUGUCAGAAGGCAUACAGCGCGAAAAAUAUCACCCACCUCUCCAUGGUCAAUUGUCAACUUUGUAAGAGGUAUGUUCAUUUGGAAUGUGAUGAAUCGGCGGAGUUCUCCGGCUCCGAAGCAAUGGCAGCAAGAGCGUGUUACGUGUGUCCAAUGUGUCAUGACAACGAAAGUAACAACGACGCGGUCGAGGAUGCAAAUCUGACGGACAGUCUCACGGCGAUGAUCGAUCAAACAGAUCUGAAGGAUUUCGAUGCCUUGGAUUUAUUUAAAGAUACUCAACCCUAUCAUGGUGCAAUGAACAAUUCGCAGGAUUCCCUACUUUUGAGCGAAGACUCGUUACCGAUGGACGUAGAUGGUGAAAAGAGCCGCUAUGCUGGUAGUGGCCAAUCAGUUAGCGGUGGCAAGCCUCUGCGGUCUCACGGGCCGGGCAAGGGUAAGCCCUCUAUUGGCAAGAAGAAGUUCUUAUUUGGCAAUAUAAAGGGCCGGAAUCCGUACACUGGUAAAAAGCGACGGGCGCACAUUGGCGAUAAAAAACGCAGCAGAGCCCCAAAAUAUAAAUCAUCUGCAUCAAGUAGUAAAGGAGGAGAUGAUGAUGACCAUCAUUCUACAGUUGUUUUGUGUUCUUCCAAAGAUGAAUUGGUUCUUCAACAGGAUAUGUGCUUGGCAUGUGGCAGCUUUGGUGUUGGUGAAGAGGGAAAACUGAUCUCUUGUACACAAUGUGGACAAUGUUACCAUCCUUACUGUGUCAGUAUUAAGGUGACGAAGAUUGUUCUUCAGAAAGGUUGGCGGUGUCUCGAUUGUACCGUGUGCGAGGGCUGCGGUAAACCUCACGAUGAAGGCCGCCUAAUCCUCUGUGAUGAAUGUGAUAUCAGUUAUCAUAUAUACUGCCUUGAUCCACCCCUGGAUCAUGUUCCCAAAGGCACUUGGAAGUGUAAAUGGUGUGCAGUUUGCGUAACCUGUGGCACGACCCAGCCAGGUUUUUCCUGCACCUGGCAGAACCAGUAUUCGCAGUGUGGUCCGUGCGCCAGCUACUCCUCCUGCCCGUCCUGUCAGCGGAAGUACUCCGAAGAUGAGCUGAUAAUCCAAUGCACGCAAUGUGAUCGGUGGCUGCACGCGAUGUGCGAUGGAUUGAAAAGUGAAGACGACGCGGAACGAGCGUCUGAUUUUGGCUACCAGUGUAUGUUUUGUCGGGUGCAUACUGGUGUUCCAGGACCUCUGCCCCCACCACCUACACCAAGCCCGGAGCCAGAACCAGAACCUAUGCCUUCACCUCAGACAGUGUGGCAUCAGGAGUACCCAACGAAACAACCCCGCUACUUCACGGUCGACGGCAUCCAACUGUCCGAGAACGGCUUCGCUCACCUCAAGAGCAUCACAGUCGAGUCGCCAGCAAAGAAGCGUACGCUACGUCUAAGACACCAUGACCCCUCCAUGUCGAAGCAUCCCAAUAUUUCCAGGCUCCUAUCCAUGAGCGAACGCUCUGACAUCUCGGAAGAAUUUGAUGAGGGAUUCUUGAAGGAUAGAGGAAUCACGCAGCAGGACCCUGACCAUAUUUCAGGUGAUCCUCAUGAUGACGAUGACCAUGAACACGAUCACGAAAUAGACGAGUCCUACGAGAAAAAAGAUGGCGACGUUGAGAAGAAAAAGCGUCAGCGCCACCGCAAACCGGGCAUCGGCGGGUUUAUUCCGCGUCCCAAAGGUGGCAGGAGUAUCUUCAAGAAGGGUACGCUGAUCACGAAGCUCCCGCUUGAGCUUUUGCCGCCUGCUGACAGGGAGAGGGAGGAAAAGUUACUCAUGUUAGAAUGCCGAAAGAAAAAGAAGCUGGGUCGUCGGAAAGGUCCGCUCGAGGACAACUACCCGUCGUAUCUCCAGGAAGCAUUCUUUGGAAAACUGCUCGAAAAGCCUACCGCAGGAGACAUGGAUCUCGAUGAUCUUUCAGAGGAGGAGAAAAAGGAUGAAUUCUCACCACGUGUGAAGGAAACGUUCCCGUUCUGUCUGUCGCCGAGAAAGGAGGAUGAUGAUCAUUUAGUUGGUGAAGACUUGAAAGACAUGAUCGAUCUGCUCCCAAGUGACCUAGCACAUGACGAGGAAAUCCUGGGCAUGAUCGGAGAUGAUUUCAAGGAGCCAGGUGAUGACUCUCAGGAUGAACUUGAGAUGCCUUCGGAAGGCCACGGCAAAGAUAACCUGACAGAACGCUUUGAUCAGAUGCUCGGCAAUGUGGGCAAGUCGCUUGAUGUCGAUAAGAUGCUAUCUGAAGGCCUUGCUCAAAUAGACAGCAAGAUGGUUGAAGAUAUCUUCAAGGGUGUGCUGAGCCCUCACCCGAGCUCGACUAGCCCUGCUGCUGACCAGGCUGGCACCUUCACCCUACCGCCAAUACCUGCUACGAUGCCCUCGGGGCCCAGACCACAGCCUCCCACCACGCUGGCACCAUUCAGUAUACCUCCAGCACAGCAGGGGUUCCAUGGUGGAGACUUCAGUCCACAAUUCAGUCCAAGUUUCUCAGAUGCCCCUGGUGCCCCCAUGUGGCCCGGCCAAGACGACAAUGAGGAACAACUCUCCUACAAUAAACGCAACAUCAUGAAAUGGGAAAAAGACGAACCUCUUGGAGAUAUGUCAUCUAUAUCUCCCGUUCUUUAUGCAAAUAUGAACCAUCCUGAACUGAAGGCGCAAUACCCAGACUGGAACGAACGGGCCAAACAGAUCGCAAAGAUAUGGCGUAGGGUGCCUCCGGAUGCAAAGACUCCUUAUUUGGCCAAAGCUCGUGAGAACCGUGCGAGCAGCAGACUGCAGCGCACUGCAAAAAUGGUCAUACCGGAACAGCCAAAGCCUGUUCCAAUGCCGCCAAUGAUGGCACCAACUCGUGGCCCAGCAGGUCAGAUGCUACCACCACCCCCGCCACGACAGAAACAGAUGUCAGUUGAGGAGAAGUUCAUGAAGGAGCAGCGGGCGAUAAGGGAGCAGGAGCAGGAGAGGCAGUGGAAGCACCUGCAACAGAUGAGACAUCAACAGGCGCAAGAACGUAAGAUCGAUGCAGUAAUCAGUAAAGUCAUUGCCGACGGUGAAGAGAUGAGUUCGCCCCAGGGUGUCAUGGGAGGUAUGGAGGGCGAGGCUGGCUCACAAGGUCAAGUGAGCCGUGAAGGUUCCUUGCCGAGCACACCAGACUCCAUAGGACCACAGUUUGUGCCCCCGACUUCAAAACCAGGCCCGCCUUGGGAUCGUGAUCCAUAUGCGUUGCCUCCUGGAACACCACGCCCGGUACCGAGUGUUGAGCAAUUUCCUGGACCCAGACCGCCUAUGGAUCCAUAUGCCCAUCAGCCUGGAACACCUCGACCCGAGCCACAACCCCGACCCCCAAUGGAUCAUAUCCGACCGAUGGGACCACAUGACGGUUUCCAGGGUAUGCCCCGCCCAAUAGAUCCAUAUGCCCUUCCGCCAGGAACUCCAAGAUCAUCAUCAUCAUUCACAAGACCUUCAGGACCCCGAAUGGAAAAUGUGAGCCAACCUCAGCUUAUGCCAAGAAUUCCAGAUGAGAUUAUGCGAGCGAGGAUGGCGCAAGCAGCAGCAGAAAACUUCGGUCAUCAAAGUCCAAGAUCAGGAGCACCACCUUUCCCCUUACCCGGGCCACGAACUGGUGACCCAUUUGCUCAAGGUCAGCGAAAGCCCGGACCACAAUCUGCCAUGAUUGGACAGUUACGCAUGCAGCGACCACCUAGAUUGCAAAUGCCAGAUUCGUUUGGGCCCCGGGGGCCGGGCGUUGGAAAUAUCCGACCACCGGAAUCGUUCCAGAUACAGAAUCACCCCAGCGGGCCUGGCCCACAAGAUGCUUACACGCAACAACCAGGUACGCCAGGAUCGCUUCCAAAGGACCCAUUCGGGCAACAGCCAUCAACACCACGGCCUGUAUCAACAGAAAGUUUCUCUAUGGGGCAGCGUCCGCCAGAUCAAUUCAUCCCCUCGCUUUCGCGGUCGUCGUCCCAAGAGUCGUUCACGCAUCAGCAGACGUCGCAGGCCAGCCCAGUCGGAUCGUUUCCGCCCGGAGUAGAAGGUCAGGAUGUUGAUCCAAACCUGCAGCAGAUUCUCAGUGGGGAGAGGAGCCAUUUCAUGGAAGACAAGCCGGGCCAACUCGCUGCCGACCAAGAAGCACAGAAGCAGGACAUCCAACGUCACCAGUUGCGUGAGCUCCUUGCCAAGCAGACUAAGGAACGUCAGAAACAAAAAGAGCAGGACCGGUUGAUGCAGGAACGAUCACAGAUGCCCUUGCGCCACUGGCCUUCGCAGGAAGAUGUGCCUGGGCAAGGUUCCUCAUCGCAACCUCAAACGCCAAUGUCGCAGUCGUUCCCCUCACCUGGUGUUGAUACUAGACCCCAGGGGCCUGGCUUCCCAGGCCAGUUCGGACCCAGGAUGAUGGAGAGAUGGGCAGACCAGCCUCAAAUGAUCAGGCCACCUCAUCCGAACCAGAUUAGACCAGAUGGUGGACAGUUCAGCCCCCACGAUGUUGGUCCACGUGGUCCUUUCUCUGGAGAAUGGCGAGGUCCUAGGCCUGGGCAGCCAGGUCACCCGAUGGGUCCAAGGAUGUCACCUGGCCAGAUGCCGCAAAGAGGACCUGGCUUCAUUGAGCUACGACAUCCACAUGAACCUGGUGACCAUCCAAGGCCACCAUUCAUGCAGAUGGUUCCGGAACGCAUGCGUGGCCCUGCACCUGGACUACCGUCACCAAGGACGAGUAUGCCUCCGGGUACUCCGAAUCCAUUGGAUCCUUUUGAUAGUAUGGUGGUGCGCCAGCAGCAGCAGCAGCGCAUGCCAGGAAUGGAGCAGACGGUGCGCUUGAGCCAUAUGCCAGAUAAGCAAACCAUGGGGAUGCCACCUGGGUCUUCAGCAACAACGGUCAGCCAGACAAUGAGUAGUCCAGUUCGGAUGCACAGCCAGCAACUUCCGGUAACUAUGACAGAUACCACUGUGGGACAGCAGAUGGCUUCAGAGGGUACUCAACAACAGCCUGGGCCGGCAAGAACUCAAACAGACAAACCGAAGUCAGAUGUCCUUGAUGAACCAAACGAUGGGGAAAUUGAUGAUUUGCUUGGGGCAGAUGGAUCAUUUAAUCUCCUAGAAUAUGCUGAUCCUGACUUGGACAGUGCUCUACAUGAGGCCACCCAGGAUAAGAGCAUAUUUGAUGAGCAUCUUGGACUCAAAAAGCCAGAUAAAACCGGGAAGGAAGAGGAGAAAAAGUCAGAAGAAGGUGUUGCAGCUGAUGCGGUAAAAACUGAAAUCAAGAGUGAAGAUGGAAAAGAUGACAAGAGUGAUGAUGGGUCGAAAGAUUCGGCUGAUCGUGCAAAACAGGUUGGCGAUUUCCAGGCGCAGUUUUUAGCAUUCUCACGUCGAAUGUCUGAAAAAGAUACUGAUAAGGAGGGUGGCGAAAAUACAGAGGGAAUUAAGAAGGAAGAGAUGGUUAUGGUGAAGCAAGAGAGGCCAGGAUCAGCCGUGCAGAGUCCCCAGAUGGCUGCGAUCAAGCAAGCUGCCUCGGCCCAGAUGAGUCCAACUUCCCCUAUGGUUUCAACACCUUCGCAGGUUGCAUCCCAAAGCCCUAUGCACAGCCCCCAGAUCAACGCCUUGAUGCAGAUGUCUCCACGGCCAGGUUCGCAUACACCUUCGAGUAUUCCCUCUCCGUAUGCCCAGCCUCCGGCCCAGAUGUCUCCAAGAAUUGGUGUCCCUUCGCCAUUUUCUCAGAAACCAAUGUCGCAUUCGUCGAGCAUGCCCCCUACUCCUUCGUUCUCACCGUCUCAGACUGGUAGCCCUAAUAUGACCGACAGAAACACACCGAAUCAAACUGCAAUGCUACCAUCACCACAGCAACAGAUGCCACCAGUUCGUCCACCAGUACCAAGUUCCGCACCGAAUGCUGCAACAACCCAUAGCGCCCUCUCGCAGGCAUUGGCAUCACCUUCAAAAGCAAGUCAGGGUCUCCUACCCCAGGAGCAACAAAUGUUAGCAAUGGUUCAGCAAAGGUUGCAAGGACCCAGAGGAUUCCGGCCACCUUUUCCGAUGCAGAAUAAGCCGUAUCCGCCAGGAUCCAAGCCAAUGCAGCGACCAAUGGGACAACAACCAAUGCAGAGUGGCCCAGGAGGCAGAAUGCCUGGUCCAGGUGGCCAAAUGGGACCCCGUGGUUAUAUGCCUGCGUCGCAAGGGAUGAUGCAACGUAUGCCCGGGUUUCAUCCGCGUAUGAUGGACCCACGUAUGAUGGACCCACGCAUGAUGGAACAGCGUAUGAUGGAACCACGCAUGAUGGAACCUCGCAUGAUGGAACCACGCAUGAUGGAACCGCGCAUGAUGGAACCGCGUAUGAUGGACCCACGUAUGAUGGCUGGAGGGUCUGGGAUGCAAGGUGGACCUGGUAUGCCGCCGAGAGGGCCUCCUGGUAUGACGCCUGGUCACGCUACCCCUCCUGGGAUGAGCCCCGGAGGCAGUCAGGUUACACCGCCUGGAACACCUGGUGCCGGACCAAGACAGCCGAUGAUGAUGCCAGGGGCUGGCCAGGGUAUGCCACAACGGAUGCAGAUGCCUCGUAACCCAUCACCAAUGAUGUCACCGACCCAACAACAAACCAGAGAACAAAAAGAGCGUGCCCUGCUUCUAGAAGAGCAGCCGUUGUUACUAGAAGACCUUCUGGAACAGGUACGUAAACACAGUCGCAUUAUAAUGGAGAAGAUCGAACAGCGACACCAGCAGGAACAACAAGCCAUCAUGCAAAAGCAAGACACUGGUCUACUCUCGGAUGCAGACUUCGAGAAGUUGCGUGCUGACGUCAUGGGUGAUGUUCCCAGGAAACCAUCGCCGUUCCCGAUGGGACAGCCCCAAGGACCGCCAAGAAUGAUGUCACCGCAGUUGGAGGCAGCGCGAAUGCAGCACAUGGGGCCUCAGGGAGCUAGAGAUUCAGCCCAAACCUUUCCUAGAGGGCCACCUCCAGCGUAUCCUGGCCCACAGAUGAGUUCCAGGACGCCAUCUCCGUUUGCUGGCCCUUCUGGAAUGUAUCCUCCCGCGCACAGUCCGUCGAUGCCACAUGGGCCUCCAGGAGGACCCCCUGGACCUCCAGGACCGCCUGGAGACCACAUGGGUGACCCUGACCGCAAACAACAAGCCCAGUACGAAGAAUGGCUCAUGCACCAAAUGAAUGUCCACAGCAUGCAGAUCAAAUACCUUGAACAACAAGUCGCAAAGCAGCGCAAGGCCAAGAAAGCGCUGAAUGCACGCCAACGCCAGGCAAGGAAGGUUGGCUCUGAGUUGAGCGAGGCUGAUGCGAUGGAUUUGGACCGUAUUGGGCAAGAACAGGCCAAUAUGCAGAAAGAACUGGAUCAGGUGCGCAAACAGCAACGACAACACCAGAUGGUCAUGCAGGAUUAUCGAACAAAACAACAGGAGCGAGUUCCAGGCUGGCCUGGGCCCGGACCACCCCAGCAAGGACAGGUUCUACCCCCGAGUAGCAUGCCCGCAGGUCCACCAGGGCAGCAAAUGAUGGGGCCAAGGUCCGCUUCAGGCCAAGGGAACACUGCCAGACUACCUGCUAGUGUCCGACUAGAAUACGAGGCCUACAUGCAACAGCGACUGCGCAUGAUGAACCAGGGAAUGCGGCAACCAAUGGUGACCAGCGGGGUGAGUGGAACCAGCAUGGCUCCAUUUACCCCUGCAUCUGCUACAACUGUCCCCUUAACCCUACCUACUAGUCUAGUGGGCCCCACUCACAGCCCUAUAACCGUAACAUCACCCCAGUUGGGCCCCUCUGGUGUCGGGUCACCUAAAGGCAAUCCACGUGCAAGCACGCCAACAGGACACCCAUCACCUGCGGGGACACCAACUGGUGGCCCACCUUUACAACAAGUCCAAAUGAUUGUACAGCAGUUACACCCCGGGCAACCACGACUAAACGCUCCGGGCGGACAAGCUGGCACGCCGAUACGUGUCUCCAUCCCGAAUCAAUACAUGCAGCAGUCUCAGUUGCAACCAGGGCAGCGGAUGGAGCAUCCAUAUCCCGGACACAUGAUGCGGCACCCUGGUCAACAGGUCCAGCAUGUUGUUCAAGCGCAAGGAUCCGGUUUGCUCUCAACGGCUAAUAAACCGGGCGAUGCGCAGAAGGACAACAACCCAUUCAGCGAGUCAUACCAUGACAUGGAACGGAUGCGGAUCCAGCGCCAGAUGCAGCAACAGUUCGAGCAUCAUCGCCAGCUGCACGAUGAAGGUAAAGACGAGAAAGAAAUGAUGGAAGAAAGACUAAAAAUGCCCAUGCAGAUGGCAUUCUUUCGAGAGCAGGCAAUGCCAAUGGGGCUAGACCCUCGUGGCUUCCACCCAGCAGGCAUGCGCAUGGACGGACCGCGUCCUCGAAUGCCUCUCCGUUAUCCGGAACCUGGGCUUCGCUUUCCCGACCCAGGUGCCCGGUUCUCGGAGCCAGGUCCUCCACCGCCUUCAAUGCCAAAUGUGCCUUCAGGAUUCAAGCUGCCACCCGGUGAAGCACCAUCUCCUGGACAAAUGCCCCCAGGGUUUUCCAUGUUGCCCCAUUUCCCUUCACUAGAGGGAGCCGGCUUCCCAGGUGAGCCGAGCAAACUCGACAAACCCAAGAAAAAGCGCAAGAAACGUACAAAGAAGGGAGACCAGCUUGCCGAGGGAGCACCGGCUGCCGCUGCUCUGCCAUCACUCCUCGGUGUCCUAGGCUCAUCUCCCACCAUGUCAAACACGCCCAUGUCCACAUCUGGAUCAACUGUUGGUACCCCAACAACAUCACAACCAUCCACACCCUUGAGUGCGCCACCGAACCCAAUGCAGAGUGCAGUAGAACCAAUGGAUACCAAUAGCCCUCACAGUCAACAAAGUGUUCCAAAGCUAGAGAGCGAGAUGAAGUCUAGUCCAGGUACUGCUGUUGGACCUGAGGGAGAGGUUUCAAAGGUCUCGCCGCCGGUGGAGGACAAAGAUGCUUGUUCAGAUACGAAGAGUAGUGGGGAAAGUAAAAGUCAGGAAUGUACAGACGGAAAGCAUUGUGGAGAUAAUGAGGGUUGCACAGAUGGACAACAUUGUGGAGAUAAUGAGGGUUGCACUGACGGACAACAUUGUGGGGAGAAUGAAAAUCAGGAAUGCACGGAUGGAAAGCAUUGUGGAGAAAAUGAUAAACAGGAGAAUGAAAGGCAGGAAUGCACGGAUGGAAAGAAUUGUGGAGAAAAUGAUAAACAGGAGUGCACAGACGGACAGCAUUGUGGAGAAAGUGAGGGUUGCACAGACGGACAACAUUGUGGAGAAAAUGAAAAUAAUGAAUGCACAGAUGGACAGCAUUGUGGAGAAAGUGAGAGUUGCACAGAUGGCCUGCAUUGUGGAGAAAACGAAAAUCUGGAGUGCGCAGAUGGACAGCAUUGUGGAGAAAGUGAGGGUUGCACAGACGGACAACAUUGUGGAGAAAAUGAAGGGUGCACAGAUGGCCUGCAUUGUGGUGAAAAUGAAAAUCAGGAGUGCACAGACGGACAGCAUUGUGGAGAAAAUGAGGGUUGCACAGACAGACAACAUCGUGGAGAAAAUGAAGGGUGCACAGAUGGCCUGCAUUGUGGUGAAAAUGAAAAGCAGGAGUGCACAGACGGACAGCAUUGUGGAGAAAAUGAGGGUUGCACAGACGGACAACAUCGUGGAGAAAAUGAAGGGUGCACAGAUGGCCUGCAUUGUGGUGAAAAUGAAAAUCAGGAGUGCACAGACGGACAGCAUUGUGGAGAAAAUGAGGGUUGCACAGAUGGCCUGCAUUGUGGUGAAAAUGAAAAUCAGGAGUGCACAGACGGACAGCAUUGUGGAGAAAAUGAGGGUUGCACAGAUGGCCUGCAUUGUGGUGAAAAUGAGGGUUGCACAGACGGUAAACAUUGCGGAGAAAAUGAAGGGUGCACAGAUGGCCUGCAUUGUGGUGAAAAUGAAAAUCAGAACUGCACAGAUGGACAGCAUUGUGGAGAAAGUGAGGGUUGCACAGACGGACAACAUUGCGGAGAAAAUGAAGGGUGGCCAGAUGGUAAACAUUGUGGUGAAAAAGGAAGUCUGGAGUGCACAGACGGAAAACACUGUGGGGAAAACGAAGGUCAGGAGUGCACAGAUGGAAAACACUGUGGGGAAAAUGAGAAUCCUCAAGAUUGCACAGACGGAAAGCAUUGUGGUGAAAAUGAAGGUCAGGAGUGCACAGACGGAAAACACUGUGGGGAAAAUGAAAGUCAGGAGUGCACAGACGGAAAACAUUGUGGGGAAAAUGAGAAUCCUCAAGAUUGCACAGACGGAAAACACUGUGGGGAAAAUGAAAGUCAGGAGUGCACAGACGGAAAACACUGUGGGGAAAAUGAAGGUCAGGGGUGCACAGACGGAAAGCACUGUGGGGAAAAUGAGAAUCCUCAGGAUUGCACAGACGGAAAACAUUGUGGGGAAAAUGAAAGUCAGGAGUGCACUGACGGAAAACACUGUGGGGAAAAUGAAGGUCAGGAGUGCACAGACGGAAAACACUGUGGGGAAAAUGAAAGUCUGGAGUGUACAGACGGCAAACAUUGUGGGGAAAAUGAAGGUCAGGAGUGCACUGAUGGAAAACACUGUGGGGAAAAUGAGAAUCCUCAAGAUUGCACGGACGGAAAACACUGUGGCGAAAAUGAAAGUCAGGAGUGCACAGACGGAAAACAUUGUGGCGAAAAUGAAAACAAGGAGUGCACAGACGGAAAGCACUGUGGGGAAAAUGAUAGUUGUACAGAUGGGAAACAUUGUGGUGAAAAUGAUAAAGAAGGCUGUACAGAUGGGAAACAUUGUGGCGAAAAUGACCAAAAUGAUAGUGGUAAUCAAGGUGCUAGUACUUCUCAGUGUAGUGAUGGUUUGCAUUGUGGAGAAAAUGAGGGUGAAAAUAAUCAAAAUCCUCAAAAUUCAGGGAACACUGGCAGUAGUGAAGAGACUAACCCUCAACCUUCUGAGGUGGAGAUGCAGGAGAUGGCAUCAGAGGGUGCCAAUAGCUCUGAGAUGGAUAACAUAAGCAGUGGCUGUUUGGAGGUGAGCGAAGGCGUGUGCAGUGAUGGUCGUAAUUGUCCUGGAAAUGAUGAGGAAAAACAGCAACAAGAAGGCUCCAGCGAUGUUGAGCAGACGUCAAGUGUUGUUAACAUUCCAGUCGAAGCAGACGACACACCAAUGGAAGUGGUUGAGGAACAGAUCAUUGAGGAGGUCCCUGUAGAUGUGCCAGUGUCUGUCGAGGAACCUCCUGAAGCGAUUGGAAUGGACUUGUCUAUGCCACACCAAGAAAAAGGUGAAGACUUGUCAAUACCAGAACAGGCUCAAGAGUCUCGGGCAAAGUCUGCUUCAAUUGAUGUUACUCCAGUAGCUGCUGAUGUAGCUCUAGAAGCUUCAGCUGUCGUUUCUCCUCCUCCUCCUCCUCCUCCUCCUCCUGCUAAAGAGGAACCGCAGGCAGAUUCUUCCAUUGAUCUUCCCAUUCAUCUCUGCGAAUCGCCUAAAACACUGCCAGCAGAUUCAAUGCAAAUAGCUCAAGACUUGAGUGCCAUUCCACUUCCUCCUAGUCCUGAAGGUCUUGGAACUGAUAUGCCAUCCAUAGAACCAUCAUCCCCUGCCCCAGCUCCUUUUGAGCAAGAGCAACAACUGCCAAUUCCAUCUGCAUCUGAGUCUACUCCAUCAUCACCACCAGCUGAGUCUGCCGUUCUGCCUCCGAUUUUACCAGAGCCCUCACCAGAACAGAUGCCCGAAGUCAGCCCCGACUCUACACCUAUGGAUCUCUCAGUACACAGAGAACAACCAGAACCAGCACAUCAGCCCCAUCAAGCUGAAACUGCCUUUGAGGUAGAGCAUGUAGCAGGAGAGUCACCUGAGGCUGUUCCUGAAGACUUGUCCAUGCAUGCUCCAAUCAAAUCUGAAUUACCAGCGAGAAUCACGGAAGACCCGAAGCAAAUUGUGCCAUUAGAGCCCAAGCGUGAGAUUGGUGAACGGGAAAUGCCUUUGCGGAGUCCGUUAAUUCCCAGUCCUGCCCAUGCUCCAGAGAUGAUGAAGUCUCCAAAACAUCCACUGCCAUCUCCCACAGAACACCGACCAUUAUUCACGCCUCCUGCUGCAGAAGGUUCAAAAUCGCCAAAAGCUGGGUCAUCACCAAGACGAUCACCUGGCGCUGUGACAUCACCAAGAAGAUCGCCGGCUGCUCAUUUAUAUCCGGCAGCGUCUUGUCCAUUGACUGGUCAAGUAAUGGCAGACGUUAAACCAACUGCCAAGGAGUUGGAAAGAGCCAGGCCAGCUUCCCUUCCAAUACCUGAACCUGUACAUGUGAGGGAGGACAUACGCAUUAAGACUGAGCCUUCUGAACCUUCAAUAUGCAGCUCACAGCGUUCAACGCCUUCUAGUUACCUGCCUAUGCCUGCAGUGGCAACUAGCCAUCCACCGACCAGUCAACUCCAGCGGCCAUUGUCCCAUCCUGGUCAUGCCAUUGGGCCAGCUAUGGAAGGAAUCCCAAUUGAAAUGCAGAUACCUCGGUCAUUGCAACGGGCAGUGUCACCUAGGAUGUCGAUUCCAUCAAGUUUGCCCAUGUCUGCAUCUCAUGCCAUGGGUACUCACCAUCAUCCCGGGGUACCUCCUGGACAUCCCAUGUUUGGCCAAGCACGCAUGCCAGGACAACCUCAUCUUGUUCACAGCGGGCAGGGGCAGGGGCAGGGUGGCCAUCCUCAUUUCCAUGGGCAGCGUAUGCCCAUGCGACCAUUUGGGCUCCAUCCUCAUGUAAGGACGUCAGUACCUCAUCAGUUUUCUGGCGGACAGAACAUGCAAACAUUCCAACAGCGGCCUUCCAUGUCACAGAUGCAGCAGACAAUAAUGAGCCGUAUGUCUGGUCCUCCACCGCGGCCAUCUCCCAUGAUUCAGCACUCGCAACAUCCUAACCGCCCAUCGAUGCCUGGUCAGAUGCCUCCGCAUGGAUUGGAGAGAAUGCCUGCUGAUAUUCGUGACAUUCGAAUGCAAGGUGAACACCUCCGCAUGCCAGGUGAACGUAUGCGCAUGCCUGGUGAACAUCUCCGGAUGCAAGGUGAUCCGAGAAUGCAAGGAGAUCUUCGCAUGCCUAUGCCAGGCAGUAUUCGACUAGCUGGAGACAUCCGUAUGCCUGGUGAUCAUCCACGUAUGCCUGGAGACAUCCGAAUGCAAAUGCCACCAUCAUCCAUGGGAAUGCAUGUUACAACUUCAGGAAUGCCUGGCCCUCGACCUGCCCAACAGGGCGGUCUCUUUAUGCCACCAGUUCCCAUGUCAAGUCCAAACCGAAUGCAGCUUUCCCCUGGCGCACAGAUGUUAACCAGUCAACCAAGUUCACGAGGCUCACCCGUAUCGGGAAUUCCUACGCAUGGGCAGCAGCAUUCCCCAGGACAGGCAAUGCCUCCAUCGCACUCCCCUGGGAUGGGAAUGCACCCACCUCAUUCUCCAAUUCACGGUAUGCCGCCAUCUCGGUCACCCAGCCACCCGAUGCCACCACAUUCCCAUGGACAGAUGAUGCAGCAGAUGCAUCCACAUCCACAUCAGAUGCCCCGGGCACCGUCACCUGGCCAAGCGAUGACACCGACCUCAAUACCAAUGGCGUUGAGCCCGGCACAUCACCAGGGUCACCCUCCACGUGCCUCCCCGGCCAAGACACCACCAGAGACGAGCAAAACACCACCAAACUCUGAUGCGACGAAGAAGAUCUCUGAUGCCCUGUUGGAUGCAACGAUAGAGAGUGUGGUUGCUGCUGCAGCUGGUGGUGAACUCCUGAGUCCCGUGGAUGAGGAGGAAUAUUCAGAGAGUGAGGCUGCACGUGAGGAAUUCCGCCACAACCAGAACAUGUUACUGAAGCAGCUCCUGGCGUCACCAAACCAAGAAGGCAAGAUUGCCAUGUUGCAGGGCAGUGAUGAUGAAGACCCUAAUGUUCACCUAACGCCGGAGCAGCAGCGCCAACUUGCGGCCAUUGACAGCAUGCCUCUCACGAUGGAGAUGGAGCUAAGUCCCGAAGAGUGGGCGUCCAAGACACAGGAGGAGAAGGAUCAUAUCAUCGAAUUCCUGACGCAUUCAGAAAUGGGAAAGAAGCAGGAUUACGCUAAGAAACGUAAACAGUUUGAAGACCAGCAAAAAAAGAAGAAGAAACGCGAAAGAAAACAGCGAAGGAAAUUGGAAAAAGAAGGCGAUGGACCGCCUAAAAAACGCAAGAAACAAAAGCAUGCGGCCCAGGACUAUACUACUCGCAUGGAGGCCAUCUUGAAUCGUUUACGUAAAAUGCCACUGCUGCAGCUUCAGGAACCGCCGGUUGGUGCUAAUAUCCCACAAUGCAGUGUCUUUGGAGGAGGAAAUAGCCAAAACAAGUUGUUUGGAAACUUUGGCAAUUCAUUGCUAGACGGUGUGACUGACUGCUACUCUCAACCACCAUUUGUGCCGCCUGCUCCACCCCAACCCAAGCUGCCACCAGGCCUACCACAGAUUCAGGCCUUUGAGAGGAACGUGCACGGGGAAAGAGUUCCCAGAGUUUUGCCCGAUGGUCCGUCCAUGAUGGGCAAGUGCCCGAUCUCGAUGCUGAUGCAGAAAGACAAGGAACAAGAACAGAUGAAGAGAGAACAAGAACGUGCCCAGCUGGCGCAGAAGGGAAUCCUCGGCGCACAGAGACCAAGGACGCCGUCACUGCCACCACCACCACUCAUAGAGGCUCGGUUACCAUCGAGGGCUAGUUCGACACCUGACAGUAUGGUGUCCUGUUCAUCACCUGAAUGUUUCACCGGCGAAAAAGUGGAGAAGUUCCCGUUGCUGAAGGUCAUCAAGGAGGAACCAAUGGAAGCUGAUGAAGCCACGCGCGUAUCUCCCGUCGUGCCGGUCAUUGCCCCUGUUCCUAUCAGACCUUCUCCUAUGAAGAUCAAACAAGAAAAGGAAGCCAAACGCGACAAGUUCUUAGACGAUCCCGAACUUGGUGAAUUCAUCAUGAAGGAGAAGGAGAACCUGGCUACAAUAGAUACGCCCUUCGAGAGGGAGGCCUACGCCAAGAAGAUAGCUGGCCUCUCGGCCUUUACAAGACCUUUGAAGGAUAGCCAGUUCUUGGAGAACCAGGUAUCGGUGACCUUGACCCUGUCCGCCCCAGCAGCAGACGACAUCAAUCACGUGAUCUUCGCCAUCGCCGAGCUGUUGAAGAUUGCCGUGCCACCGUCGUAUGAAAUUGGCCGAACUACUUCUCCUGAUCACUUCAAGGUUGGCAAGAAGUUUGGAUAUGAGAGGCAGCAUAAAGAAGAGGCGGUGAACAUCCACUCCCUGAUCAAGUCCAAGGUGAAGUUCUGCCGUCACUGUGAUGUCGCCAUACAAGACUCUGGAAUCCGUAAGCGAAUGCGUGACAUUCCGCACCUUGUCAAGGAGGAGCAGGCCAAAGAUAACGAUGAUGAGGAGGUGACGUUCUGUAGUAUGAACUGUUACAUGCAGUUUGCUAUCACGCAUCGGUCCAUCGCUUCAACGACACCAAAGAAGGAUGGACACAAUGUUGUUGAUCAUAAGACAGAUGUUGACAGACCACCACUUGGCUAUGUGCACACGGGUAAAUCUGCCAUUCCCUAUCCCCAGUUACCGAAGGUCGGUGACGUCGCCAAGGCCGUGAAAUUACGUCGAAGAAGCAACAGCAUGGACAACAAACCAUUGCCUAAGAAAUGGAAGGGUGUGCGUUACCGGAGGGUCGACGCAAGUUUUGGUUUCACGGGCAAGAAGUACGUUCCUACGUCGGACGCAGAGUUGGAAGAGUUACGUCGCUUGCUGGACAUGAUGGUGGUACCUGACCCGGUGCCAGAAGACCAGCGGAAAUGUGUGCUGUGUUUCCAAUUUGGAGAUCUGGAUAGUUGUGCUGAGGGAAGGAUACUCAACAUGGACAUUGACAAGUGGAUCCACUUGAACUGUGCCCUGUGGUCAAGCGAGGUCUACGAAACUCUCAACGGUGCUCUCAUGAACGUAGAUACUGCUGUUAAACGUGGAUUGACAACCGAGUGUAUGUUGUGUUCUCAAGGUGGUGCCACUUUGACGUGUUUCAAGCAGCGGUGCUCGAGCGUUUAUCAUCUUGGCUGUGCGCUGGAAGCCAAGUGUAUGUUCUUCCAGGAUAAGACAAUCUUCUGCCCGAUCCAUGCCCCCAAAGGCCACCCAGAGAAUGAACUCCUGAGCCUGGAGGUCUACAGGAAAGUCUACCUCAACAGGGAGGAGAAUAGGCAACUAGCUAAGAUGAUCCAAGAAGAAGACCGCAGCCACACCACCAGGAUCGGCGCUCUGACAUUCCACAAUAUUGGACAGCUCCUGCCCCAUCAACUGCAGACCGGAAAGUUCCACACAAAGCUUUACAUCUACCCGGUUGGUUUCAAGACGAGUCGGUUCUACUGGAGCAUGCGCUACGUCAACAAACGAGCUCGCUAUGACUGCAGCAUCGUCGAGGCUGAAGGUCGCCCAGAGUUCAUUGUCAAGGUCGAGGAGAAAGGUCACGACGUAAUGACCUUGAAAGAACCUUCGCCAAAAGCUGUCUGGCUGAAAAUCCUCGAGAAAGUGGAGAAGUUGCGCCGUGAUGCUCAGUAUGUGAAAGUCUUCCCAUCAUUCCUGUCAGGGGAGGAUAUGUUCGGCCUUGGCGAGCCGGCCAUCAUCAGGAUCAUUGAGUCGUUGCCCGGUGUGGAACUGUUGAAAGAUUACGGAUUCCGCUAUGGGAGGUCGCCACUGAUUGAGUUGCCCCUAGCCAUCAACCCCACCGGAUGUGCCAGAUCUGAACCAAAGUUCCGCACUCACUUCAGGAAACCCCACGCCCUCCAGUCCAGCUCCUCCUCACGAUCUCUCCCCAGCACCGUCACAGGCUUCUCAGGUGACCUCAACUCACCCUACAUGAAACAAUUUGUACAUUCCAAAUCGCAGCAGUAUCGCCGAUUGAAGACCGAGUGGCAGAAUAACGUCUAUCUCGGACGUUCGAGGAUUCAAGGCCUCGGUUUGUUUGCAGCGCGGGACCUGGAGAAACAUACCAUGGUGAUUGAGUACAUUGGGGAGUUGAUCAGGAAUGAGGUCGCGGAGAAACGUGAGAAGGAGUACGAGGCACAGAAUCGCGGUACCUACAUGUUCCGUCUGGAGACUGAUUUUGUCGUCGAUGCCACAUUGACCGGCGGUCAUGCCCGCUACGUCAACCACUGCUGCCAACCCAACUGUGUUGCUGAGGUGGUGCCCUUUGAGAAGGAGAGCAAGAUCAUUAUCAUCGCUAACAGGCGGGUUGCACGAGGAGAAGAGCUCACCUACGACUACAAAUUCGACUUCGAAGACGACCACAAGAUUCCUUGCCUGUGUGGCGCAGUCAAUUGUCGCAAGUGGAUGAACUGAACAAAGAUGCCAAAGAUCAUUUAAGAUUUAGAUCAAUACUGAUAUGCCUGUGCUCCAAUCGGUCUAAAAGCUCUCGGGCUACAUACAUAGGCAGCCAUGCUAUGCAUCAACCGUGAUAGCAUACAUUCAUUUACAUUAUGAGAUUUUGACCAGUAUCUUAUCCUGAUUCAAAUCCUGAGGUUAAAAUGGGGAAAAUGUUUGCACCUCUAUCGCGAUUUCCAAAAAUACAAUGCCAGUGGGCAUAUGAAGAAAUCAGGAUAUGGUUUAUGGAACCUAAGUUGACUUAUGCAGAUUAGAGUACAUGUAUGUGUGCUGGAGAUGUAGAGGUAAAUACCUUCAGUUUAGUUGUUCAAAUUGAUCUUAAGUUAUUUUUGCACUCGCCAAUGUAAAUAAUAAAUAAAUUAGUAUCGUCUAAUUUGAGGUUUGAAGGUUAGGUUUGAACUCGGAUGAUUGAAUUGGAUCAUCUGACUGCUGGUGUGUGGUGGAUUUCUGAAGCAGUCAAGAAUUGUCGGCCUUGGAAUCUUUGAGUUGCCACAGCAUCAUUUGAGGAAAUUCCAUGACUGUUAGCUGAUGAAAGUUGCAGUUGUGAUGUUGUCCUGGUCAUGUCUAUAGUACUGGUAUAUGACUGAAGGGAGGAAAGUCAGUUGCUGUAAAUCAGUCAGGAGUCGCAACAACUUCAAGGUCGAUGUGCGUAUACUUGUCUUAUAAUUCAAUACUUACAAAUGUUGCAGUUGUGAUGUCUCCUGACUGUAUUCACAGUAUACGACAGUUUAGAUUUUGUUAUCUAUCAUUGUGAUCAAGUUUGUUGGUCAGUCUGUCUCAUUGCUUAUAAACAUAGGCGAAUGUAACAUUAGGUAAUAUUAUAAAUACAAACUAUAUCUCUUAAUAUAUGUAUAUAUCUAUGUAAAACAGAAAGUUGUAUCUGUGAAAAGUAAAGAACAAAGCAAUAAUUAUUUUCAUUUGUGAAUUUUUUGAUAACUUGACCAAAAAGUGUGCUGUAUACUAUAUUGCAUUUGCUGAACAAUAAAUGAGAAGAAACGUCAUUUAAAAUUGUUUGAAACUUUCGUGACAUGUUUAUUUUUACAUCAAAUUUGAAAUUGUAAGUAUUCAUUUGUAAAAUAGAACCAUCCAUUCAUCAUUGAUAUGUUAUCAUUAAUUUUCAUGAUCUAAACUUAAUAUUCAGGAAUAUAUUCUACUUACUGGUACUUUCCCAGCCAAAAUGUCAGUAGUCUCUCAAGGUGUUAGCUGCCAGCUAUAAGAAUAGUCAUAGAAUUGGGUCUUUUUUGACAGUUGACUGGCGAAUGGUCCUAGUGUGCACCAUGCUUUAUCUUAAAUGGUCCCUAGUGUGCAGCAUAGUCCCUAGUGUGCAUCAUAGUCCCUAGUGUGCACCAUGCUUUUAUCUUGACCAGUCCCUGGUGUGCUUCAUCUGGACUUUCAAGGCUGACCACGCUACCAUCAUAUUCUCAUGGAACUACAGUAAUAUAUGACGCAAAACACUGCAAGUCAGAAUGGCUGUACAAAAGAGUGACCCAAGUUUCUUGGUAGAAAAAGUGCAGUUUCUGGGAAAGACUUUUUCAUAAUUUUGGAAUUGUCCUCCUCAAAGUUUCUCUGAUCUCAUACAUGUUAGUUUUUCAACCAAUGAAUGUGUUUUAUGCAAAGUAGGUUGGCCCAUUAAACAACAUUUGAAUAAUCUUCUAUUAAUGUCCCGUUGUUGUCAUCAAUCAUUAGUAAGGGGGAAAUAAUAGGUUCAUUUUUGGUAUGGGGAAAUAAUAGGUUCAUUUUUAGGAAGGGGAAAUGAUAGGUUCAUUUCUGGUAUGGGGAAUUAAUAGGUUCAUUUUUUGUGUGGGUGAAAUGAUAGGUUCAUUUUUAGUUAGGAGAAAGCAGUAAUAUGGUCAUUUUGGAGCCUUCAUAACCCCAAACAAAAGGGUUGUGUCCAUGUGUCUUGGUCUUGACAGUAAAUGCUGUACACUGUGUUUAGGUCCUGAAUCGGUCAGUCUAUUCAAUAGGUAAAUGAAUUCUGUCUUGGCCAAGACAAUUCCAUAAAUUUGCCCCAUGUUGACGAUGAACUGUCUAGGGUGGUUCUUCUCCUGUAUGUCUCCAGUCUAUGUCUAUGUCUGAAUGUGUGUAUUAAUGUAUGUCUUCGUGUACUGUGUAUAUGUAAAGGCUGUUCCAGUAAAUAUCCGACCUCUUAUUUCAUAAAAUGGAAGACACCAAUCCAAGAUGGAGAGAUUUUAGGGUGGGGUUAUACAUGUUACAAAUAUUAGGCAAUCUUUCCAAUACGAAGAAAAUUCCAAACUUUUCGAAAUAAUAGGCUCGCAAAAUGAAGGUCUUAACAGUAUUGGUGCUCAUACUGUUGUCCAAGCCUACAGGGUGAGACAAUGAUAGCUCUAAUUCAUAGCUUGUACCUGUGGGGUAAGUAAACAAAAUGGGGAAGUCCUUCUAUACUGUGUGAGUUACGUAUUUGUGUUUGCUUGUUACUUACCCUUGAGCCUGAUUCUGUGUAAUUUAUCAUCAAAUUUAUGUUUAAUUGUGUGAUUUUGAGGUGUUUUUUUAUGGAGCUUGAGUAUUUGUAAUGUACAUAGUUUGAUUAUCUGGAUGUUUCCCAUUUCAGGACUUGUGUAAUUGGGAGGGGGGAUUUUCCUGGAACCGCCAUGUAUUCUAUCUUGUACUUUCACCCAGUAAUCUUCUCUGUACAGUGUACAUGUAUAUGCUGUAAAUGUUAAAUGAAACAGUGGAGUUAUCCUAGAUUUACCAUGUAGAAUAUUUCAUAGUCGGUUUAAAAUUCAUGCAAAUAAAUGGACUUCAUUUUGGAUAUAUUUG